UCCUCCUCCUCUGCUCGUCACUUCAGCAAUGGACUCGGGGGGAGCAGCAGCAAAACCAUGGACCCCGAAGUUAACGCUUGAAAAUUACCUUCUUUUGGAGCAUCUGGACGUCAUCGCUCCUUCUAUUCUUCAAAAGAUAAUCAGAAUGCAUGGAUUCAAUAGCAGCAAAGUUCCAAAGAUAGAUUUGAUGGAUGCUGUGAGGUCAAUCAACCUCAUGGAUGCACAACACUCGACCCUACAAAAUGAUGGCGUUUCUUCGCAUGCGUUCCUAAGUUUGAAAGAUGUAAUCAACGACCUCUCGGGACUCCGCUGGCAAGAAUGCUGCAUCACUUCUCUUCAAACUAUAAACUCUGUGAUCGGUUUUAGCACUGGAGUUGACACCUCAAUACCACAACCUUUGAGAUCGAACGGCAACUUGGCUUCCGGCUGGAAGGACAUCGAAGAUGAGGCUGCAGCCUCCUCAAUUGUGACUGACAGUGGUGCUGUUGGAGGAUCAACAUCAAUGAAGGUUCCUGAGGAUUCUGAAGGAUUGAAAACCCAGGCCCAUGCGUUGAAGAGAAGUAAGCUCGCAUCUCUUCCUGUCUAAUUGUUGUCUAGGGAGCUUCAAGUUUUAACCGCUUAAAAAUAGUUUUUAACGUUACAUAUGGUGACAGUAUGAAAUAACCAAACCAUAUACAAUUGAUAGUCACACUAGUGAAGCAUAACCGAGUCUUUCUACCUUUAAGACAUAUGAAUGGUCUGCUAGUAUGUUACCCGCAUGCCAUACUUUUGGAUGGGAUA